AAACAGGCCCAGAUUGUUCCUGUUGCAAUGACACCCGUGCCUGAGCAUGCCCCAGGACCUGCUCUUCUUGCCCAGCCGAGAAUGACUUUCCCCAGUAAAAUGCCAAGCAAGGGCAUGCUGCAGGAUGGGUUAUGCUGCUCUGGUGCAUGAGCACAGCUGGAACUGAGCACUGCUGCAGCCUCUCCUCUUCACACUGUUUUGAUUGCUGUCCUUGGACAAGUAACGCUUCUCCACGCACAUCUGAAGCUGCAGCAGGAUGGCAAUGGAAGCAAACAAGGCCUUGCUGUUCAGUGUAACUGUUUCUGGCCAAAGCAAGCAUUAUAAGGAGCAGGAUGUGUUCCCGGGGUGUCCUGUUCUGCCUGGGAUACAGCACUGCAGCCUGCUUCUGGUAGUGGGCAGAACAGUUGGGUGCCACAAUUCUGAUCCCAUGGCACAGCGAAACCUUGGAGGGGGCUGGAAUGGGGCUGUGUGUGGGACAUAUUUGUGUCCUGUGGCUGUGAUAGCUCAUGGGGUGCCCACAGUGCUCGUGACCAAGAGCAGCCCCUUUGUGUGGCUAUGGCACAUCCUGGGGAGUGUGUGGGAGCUUGUGCUGUGGUGGUCUCAGGUAGAAUGCCUUCUUCUGCUCAUGCAUCUGUACCAGCAAAGCAAGCCCAGAGGUGACCGAGCUGUGCUAGUGGCAUGGGAAAGCCCCGAGGUCCACUCUGGUGACACCAGAGUGGAAGGGAAAAACUGAGCCCCUGCCAGCACCCUCUCUGGGGCUGCAGGCUUCUGCUCUGGGCCAGUGCUGGCUCCCAGGGUGGGAGCGGGUUUGGGUGGAGCCGUGGAGGAUGUGGGGCAGGGAGCUGUGCGGAGCAGAUCCAGAGGUGCCGGAUGCAGAGUGGAGACUGAGCUGUCCUCAGAGCUGCGGGUCUGGGUGCUGGCCAUGGCUCGGAGGCGGGUGGUGCAGCGCAUCAAAGCAGUGGAGACAGAGACCCGUCUGCUGGUGGUGGACAAAGAGACAGAUGAGUACCUGUGCAGCCUGCGCCUGACAUGCACAGAGGAAAUGGCACACAGUGGGAUCCUGCUGGGCUCCAGCAUUUCGCCUUCCAAGUCAGUGGGCAGCGACAACGGGGAGGUGUGGAAGCCACAGCUGGAGCUGAGCACGGGCAGCCUGCAGCGACACUCACACAGCUUCUCCUCACACGGCAGCAGGAAGGUGAGGACAGAGCUGGUGGCAUGAUGUGUGGCUGGACAGCAGGAUGUGUCCCAUUGCAAGUGCGCUUCCCAUCAGCAAAUCUUCUGUAUGUGGCUUUGGGUGAGCUGCCCCAUGGCCUUGUUUGCUCUGCU